UGAAAGUCUGCCGGUCUGCGCCAGCGUCUGAUAUCAAUGGCUUUCAGGGCUCAUUUUAUUUGAAUGUCUGGACUUUAUAUAAUUUCAUCCAUAAGAAACCAAUGAUGGAUAUCCUAUGGAUUUUAUGGACACUACCAUCAGUCCUGGCUAUUGAAGAAAUUUUGAUGGACUCCACCACAGCGACCGCAGAGCUUGGCUGGACAGUAUAUCCAGUGUCGGGAACAAGUGACAGCAGUUGGGAAGAAGUAAGCGGCUACGAUGAGAACAUGAACACCAUCCGUACCUAUCAGGUGUGCAAUGUCUUUGACGCCAACCAAAACAACUGGGUGCGCACCAAGUACAUCCGGCGAAGAGGAGCUCAACGCAUUCAUGUGGAGAUGAAGUUCUCAGUGCGAGACUGCAGCAGCAUCCCAAGAGUCCCUGGUUCUUGUAAGGAAACCUUCAACCUUUACUACUACGAAUCUGACAGCGACACGGCCACCAAAACAUUCCCCCCAUGGAUGGAAAACCCGUGGAUCAAGGUGGACACCAUUGCAGCCGAUGAGAGUUUCUCACAAGUAGACCUGGGUGGACGUGUGAUGAAGAUUAACACUGAGGUUCGCAGUUUUGGCCCCGUCUCCCGUAAUGGUUUUUACCUAGCUUUCCAGGACUACGGCGGGUGCAUGUCACUGAUCGCCGUGCGUGUGUUCUACCGGAAGUGCCCUCGUACCAUCCGUAACGGAGCGAUAUUUCAGGAGACGCUUUCGGGAGCAGAGAGCACUUCACUUGUAGCGGCACGGGGAGUCUGUAUCCCUAAUGCCGAGGAGGUCGACGUUCCCAUUAAACUGUACUGUAAUGGAGAUGGAGAGUGGAUGGUCCCUAUUGGUCGCUGUAUGUGUAAAGCAGGUCACGAGGCAGUGGAAAAUGGAACUGUUUGCCGAGCAUGCCCUUCGGGUUUCUUCAAGACAGCCCAAGGUGACGAGAAAUGUCUGCAGUGUCCCAUCAACAGCCGCACAACCAACGAUGGAGCCACCAACUGCGUCUGCCGAAAUGGAUAUUACCGCACAGACUCUGACCCACUAGAGAUGCCCUGCACAACUGUGCCGUCAGCCCCUCAAAAUGUCAUCUCCAGUGUGAAUGAGACCUCUCUGAUGCUGGAGUGGAAUCCUCCGCGAGAGACUGGUGGUCGUGAUGACGUGGUCUACAACAUCAUCUGCAAGAGCUGUGGCGGUGGCAGAGGAGGCUGCACGCGUUGUGGAGACAACGUGCAGUUCAUUCCUCGACAGCUAGGGCUCACAGAGAGCCGGGUCUUUAUAAGUGACCUGCUAGCCCACACCCAGUACACCUUCGAAAUCCAGGCUGUCAAUGGAGUGUCAGACCAGAGUCCCUAUUCACCUCAGUAUACGUCAGUCAACAUCACUACUAACCAGGCUGCUCCUUCUACAGUGUCUAUCAUGCACCAGGUCAGCCGUACCAUUGACAGCAUCACACUCUCAUGGUCCCAGCCAGACCAGCCCAACGGUGUCAUACUCGACUACGAGCUGCAGUAUUAUGAGAAGGACCAGACGGAGCAUAAUUCGUCCAUGGUAAAGAGUCAAACCAACACCGCAGUCAUCCGCGGCCUCAAACCCGGAGGCAUCUAUGUCUUCCAGGUCCGAGCCCGAACGGUGGCUGGGUUCGGGCGGUACAGCGGAAAAAUGUACUUCCAGACUAUGACUGAAGAGGAGUACAACACUAGCAUUCAAGAAAAGCUGCCUCUCAUCAUUGGCUCUGCAGCUGCUGGUCUGGUCUUCCUCAUUGCGGUGGUGGUCAUCAUCAUCGUGUGCAACCGACGGGGAUUCGAGAGAGCGGAUUCAGAGUACACAGACAAGCUGCAGCACUACACCAGCGGCCACAUGUCACCAGGAAUGAAGAUCUACAUCGAUCCGUUCACCUACGAAGACCCCAACGAAGCUGUAAGGGAGUUUGCAAAGGAAAUUGACAUCUCGUGUGUGAAAAUCGAGCAAGUCAUUGGAGCAGGGGAGUUUGGAGAGGUGUGCAGUGGUAACCUGAAGCUCCCAGGAAAGAGGGAGAUGUUUGUGGCCAUCAAAACACUGAAGUCAGGUUACACAGAGAAGCAGAGGCGGGACUUCCUGAGUGAAGCGAGCAUAAUGGGGCAGUUCGAUCACCCGAAUGUCAUCCAUCUAGAGGGAGUGGUGACUAAGAGCAGCCCGGUCAUGAUCAUCACAGAGUUUAUGGAGAACGGGUCACUGGACUCUUUCCUCAGGCAAAAUGAUGGCCAGUUCACUGUGAUUCAGCUGGUGGGCAUGUUACGAGGGAUCGCUUCUGGGAUGAAGUACCUCGCAGACAUGAAUUAUGUGCACCGGGAUCUGGCCGCACGCAACAUCUUAGUUAACAGUAACCUCGUUUGCAAGGUGUCCGAUUUCGGACUCUCUCGCUUCUUGGAGGAUGACACAUCUGAUCCCACAUAUACCAGUGCUCUGGGUGGGAAGAUCCCUAUUCGAUGGACUGCCCCAGAGGCCAUUCAGUAUAGGAAGUUCACCUCUGCCAGUGAUGUAUGGAGCUAUGGGAUAGUCAUGUGGGAGGUGAUGUCAUAUGGAGAGCGGCCGUAUUGGGACAUGACCAAUCAGGAUGUCAUCAACGCCAUUGAGCAAGACUACCGGCUGCCCCCUCCGAUGGACUGCCCCAGUGCCCUCCACCAGCUCAUGCUGGACUGCUGGCAGAAAGACCGCAACAACCGGCCUAAGUUCAGCCAGAUUGUCAACAAUCUGGACAAAAUGAUUCGUAACCCUAACAGCCUGAAGGCCAUGACUCCGCUGUCAUCAGGUGUGCAUUUGCCCUUGCUUGACCGCAGUGUGCCCGACUUCUCUAGCUUUAGCUCUGUGGAUGAUUGGCUGGACGCUAUUAAGAUGGGCCAGUACAAAGACAACUUUGCCAAUGGCAACUUCACCAGCUUCGACCUCGUUUCCCAGAUGACCAUGGAGGACAUUCUCCGGGUCGGAGUGACUCUAGCAGGUCAUCAGAAGAAGAUCCUCAACAGCGUUCAGAUGAUGAGGGCUCAGAUGAACCAGAUCCAGUCGGUAGAGGUUUGACCACGUGCCCUCGAUUAGACUGGGCGGAGGACAAGAGGAGGAGGCGGAGAGCCAGCGUGAAGGGAUGGGGCGGCCACCGCAGACCCUAAGCCUGAUUUUCCUUCUGGACCACCUAGGAUACCCACCUGCCCCCUCCUCCCAAACACUCUCGUUCUCCAUCUGUGUCAUCUGACUCCACCAUUAACCCCCAGACACCCUAAUGGGCUGGACUCGGGGAAAGCUGCGUCUGGAAAAUAUGGUCACAACACCUGAUCGUUUAGUUUUAGCCGCCACCAAUCACAGGAUGACCCUUCAGUCUGCCAGCAAUAGGCUCCGCCCCUAUUUCCUUCUCAUUUUGUUCCUUUCCAGUUAUUCUUUUUUUAUCGUCUUCAUUUUUUAACGAGUUUUUUUGUAAAGAAUUUUUAAAGUUAUGAAAACAUGAGGAAUCUAUAUGAAAUGUAUAGAUUGCAGACUGAAUAUGGUGAACUGAAUUGAAAGGCUACCCUUUAAAAGGGCAAUGAAGAAACAGGAGAUAAAAAAAACAAACUUCACCUCAUGAUACAUGCUUCUGAGAUUUUCUUUUUGAAUAUUUUAGGAAAAUCCUGACUAGAAAUAAUGACUGUCUGCUCAGUGGAGACACACACACACACAUACGGGACAACCUGCGGGACCGUAAUCCCUCUCCCCUUGCUGACAGUCAGGGGAAAAGUAUGUGAACACCAUGAAAUGGCACUUCCUUCUGGCAGCUGAUACUGCCUUGAAGAAAACAUGAGACUUCAGUCAUUGAAACGACAUCAACACAAACAAACAGACGAAGAAAAAAAAUGCAGUUAUCACAGUGUUGCAAUUUGUGGUGCAGAUUUCUCAUUGCUCGGGGGGAGGAAAACCGAAAUCUUUUACAGAUGUCAUAAAACAGCCUGCCAAAAUUGAGCAUCAUCUCUUUGUACCUCGUCCUGUACAUAUCAGAUGCACUUGACGUCGUGAGGUCAUCAGUACAAGCCUGAUGCAGUCCAACAUUUAGCUUCAUAUUCAGUAUUAGAUUGAGCUACAUUGACAUUUGAUGGACUUUCUUUAAUGUGUGCGCGUACGUUUGUGACUCGAGGGGGUCAUCUUUUAUAUUCUUCCUCCUUUUUUGUCACGGGCUAAGAUGAUUUAGUUUGAAAGACUGCGUAAGAUAUUCUCCCCCAUAAAGAAAACUUUUCAGCUCGCUCUUUUAGUGAACCUGCGAACAGAGAAGGACCCCGAGUGCACGUAUGGUGUGGUCCUCACAUCUCCGCUCUUCUUUUAUGCUCGAAUCCCUGCCGUGCGAGUGUGUGCAUGUGUGCGUACAGUAUGGAGCCCAUGUGCGGUGCAAAACUAUGAUUUGCUUGGAUUUGAUACACUUCGCAGAUCACUGUGUCGAUAUGCUUAUAUUUUUGACACCAAAAUCAUUUCUUUUAAAAGAAAAAGCCUUUUAUAAUACGGUGUUUAGGGGUUUUAAUAUCUGAUGAAGAGUUAGAGGACAUUUUCAUAACAGGAAAGUCAUUGUGAAGCAUAGUUUUAUAUGAGGAUGCUGUUAUGACAUUUUUAAACAGGUUAUAUUCACCGAUCAGGGGGCCAAGAUUAAACUGACAUCUAAAAAACAAGCUGGAGUUUCAUCAACGAAUCACAAAAUGUAAAUUAGUGUGUAUAGGUUUUAUUUUAUACAGAGAAAGCAUUCGUAAUUGCGUAAGAUACUUCACCUGCAUUGACGUAAAACUGUAUAUAAUAUUCUGAAUCAGAAACUCCCCCCACCUGA